GGGAAACUUGUGGUGAUUGUUGCCCUCGGGUCGCUCCGGGGCGGGGACGCGGCAUCGAGCCAUGGGAGAUACGUCGGGGACUCGCGAACCCCGGACUCGGCCGAGAGAGCGGGACCCAGCCCGGCAGCCCCGCCCGGACCGAGACCGCCACCCCGAGCGACAGCGGGACCGAGCCGGGGACCAGCGCAGGGAGAGAAGCGGGGACGAGCGAAGGGACGGGGACAGGGACAGGGGGCGGAACCGAGACCCCCGCCAGGACAGGCACAGGAUCCGGGACCAUCGUCCUGAUGAACAAAGAGUUUGGGAAAAGUCCCGCCAAAGCCGCACGCGGGACGGACCCCCGCGGCCCACCUGGGACGCAGCCCCGCCCCCCUGGCCGGCGCCUUGGGAAACCCCGGAGUCACCGCCCCACAGGAAGGAGGGCGUCGCGCGCCGCGGACCAGAAAGUUACAGCGAACCCACUUCGGGGAGAUACCUGCCCUCGAACCCCAGACCUGGACGAGAGGAAGUGGAAUACCACCAGUCAGAGGCUGAAGGACUCCUAGAAUGCCACAAAUGCAGAUACUUGUGCACUGGAAGAGCCUGCUGCCAAAUGAUGGAGGUUCUCCUGAACUUGCUGAUCCUGGCCUGCAGCUCUGUAUCUUACAAUUCCACGGGGGGCUACACAGGCAUCACCAGCCUGGGGGGCAUUUACUAUUACCAGUACGGAGGGGCUUACAGUGGUUUCAAUGGUGCUGAUGGGGAGAAAGCGCAGCAGCUGGACGUGCAGUUCUACCAGCUAAAGCUGCCCGUGGUCACAGCAGCGAUGGCCUACAGUGGCGCCCUCAUGGCCUUCUCCUGCCUCGUCAUCGCCAUGGGCGUCCUGCGGGUCCCGUGGCAUUGCCCUCUGUGGCUGCUGGUUGAAAGCUUGCUGGACGUGGUCAUCGCAGGGGCAUAUGUGCCUGCUCUGUACUUUUACUUCCACUCGCUCUCCGCUGCCUAUGCCUCUCAUGUGUGUAAGGAGAGGGAGGCGCUGUACCAGAGCAAGGGCUACCAUGGCUUCAACUGCGCUUUCCACGGGGGAGAUAUAGGAGCUGGCAUCUUUGCUGCCCUGGGCAUUGGGGCCUUUGCCCUCGGGGCUGUGCUGGCCAUCAGGGGUUACCGAAAGGUCAGGAAGCUCAAAGAGAAGCCUGCAGAAAUGUUAACAUUUUAGGCUUUUUAAAAAGUUCUACCAAAUAUAAGUGAUGUUGCCAAAUAUGUAAGUGAUGUAAGCUGCUCUGAAUCAUGGUCUUUCUUGGGACAUGUUGUAGAACUUGCCCAGGCUUGAAAGGUAACAGGGCAGCUUUGGUAUCUUGGGUGCAGCUCCAGGUUACAUGGACUGUUAUUCUCUUAUGUAAUAAGCCUGGUUCUGGAGUCCUCUGUUGGUGAGGGACUAACCAAAAUUAUUUUUAAAACAAAAACCGGAGCCCAAGACUCACAAGGAAAAGGCAUGUGCUGCAGCAACAUGUACUUCUUGAUUAAAUAAAGGGAGAUAACGAAGUGAAUUUAAAGAACCUUAUCUUCAAAGUUCAUGAAAAGCCACAUAGACAUGAAACAUUUCAGCCUGAACUCUUCUAAAACACGUCUGUCUUAAGCAGAUUAGUCCCAAAUUUUUUCCACUGAACUCUGCAGUCCUUCACUUCCUUAAUGCUUUGGACAGAGGGGGUGGGGGUCCUGGGGAGAAAACUCCUGUAAAAUUUAGGUUGGAGGUAGGCGUGGGCUGAGGAAACAGGAAUCAGAUUAAUUCACUGGGUUGCAAAGAAACUAUUCUAACAAGCCCCUUACCAUGGGCUUGAAAGCUCAAUAAGUGUUUUGUACCUCUUAUAAAUGUACCAUUGUAUGAAGAAUAACACCCGACAUCUGGAAUUCAGGAUCUAUCCAGAAUAAAAGAAUGUAAACUCUUUCCCAAAAGAAGAAUUCUACUUUUAGCCAGACAACUUCAUGGGUUCUUAAUUACAUGCUAAAUUAUGACUUAUAGUCCAUUACAGUAUAUUCUUGGUACAAGUGAAUAUGUUCUUUGCCCUAUGAGACUCUAAUAAAAAUCCAAAGAAAAUGUUAAUUUUCUCUUUACAUUUAGUAUGAUUCUCUUUACAUUUAUAAUAUUAUUCCCUUGAAUACAGGCAACCUCACAUUUAAAAGGUGGUUUUCAUUUGGGUUUAGAAAAGGGAAUAAGUGUAUGUGUGUACUUGUAUAUGAUUAGAAAAUUUCUUGGAUAAGAAAGCAUUAACAAUAUUUGCUUCUGGAGAGGAGAUUUAAAAUUUUUCAUUUAAUGCAUGGCUGCCCAUGCAUUAGUUUUAUUUUAGAUAAAAAAAUAAUUUGACCUGCUCUGCUGUUUUUUCACAUUUGCAGUGCAAAGACAGAAGUAGGAGUAUAGGUAAGCAGAGUAUUAAGUGAUCAGCCGCAAAAGCAGCAUCACUGAGAAAGACGCUAUUUACAAAUCUCACAUCUCUGUCAGUCUCCAUUUCCCUCUGGAGAGCCCUCUGCUCUCUUCCAAGCGACUUGUUCCAUCUCACCAUAGAAAUACACCGCUCUCUCUGGCCAGCCUCUUUCUUCUCUCCGAUGUCUGUGACUCUUUCUGCGCCAACAGCAUGCUUGGAAAUACCUGAGCCUGACUGACAUUAAUAGCUGAGCCAGGUCAGGCCAGCUGGAACUGUGGCAUUAUUCAGUGGCCAUAUUCCUUCAACAGACCCAGUAUCACUGGACCCGGCAACAGGCCAUUAUUCCUCUCAGUUGUCACAGUCAGUGGGUUGGUUGACAAGAUCUAGGUUUAUUCCAUUUCAGCCUAGCAGAUAUUUGCUGCACGGAUUAUGAGUCUGCUGUUUUAACAGAAUCUGUCCCAGGAGGCAAUGUUCAGGUUUCCACACCUUGUACUGGGACGGUGUUCCUUUCUCUCCUCGGGGGGUGAGAUGUUAACAUGUGCAUAAAAGGAACACCAAGGCAGAGAAAGGUGAUGCGUAGGGAGAAUUCACUCCCUGAGGAUUAGAAUGAUGUCUGGGUCAAGUCACUCAGGAGUGGCCAGUAGUUUCAGUGCCUGGGCAGAGAGUGGGUAAUUCCCAUCUGCUGUUCUUUUCAGAUUUAAAUGAGAGGAAUGUAGCUUCUCUACCGUCAGAGCCCUCGACUGCUAUGUCCCGUGGACCUCCUAGGAAUUCAUGUUGGCCCCACAGGAGAUGGACCCGCAAGCCCAGUAGCUGUUGCCUAAGUAUGUUAGAUAGAGAUGCUGGUCUUUAGUCACCCAGUUCAUGAACAGUGUGGUGCACCUAGUGUAUUAGAGGGUUUUCCUGAUUUCUGAGAAGCUGUGCUUUCCAUAAAUUCGUCCUGCUCUUAAAUCUGUCAUUAAGACCCUUCCAUUUUUUAAAUGUUAUUGAGUAGCAUCACCAUCCACUUGUGUAACAUUUUAUGAUUUUCCAAGUAUUUUCAUGUUCUUGCUUUCAUUUGGGCCUUGCCAUGUCCUGUGGGGUAAGACAAGCAGGCACUAUCUUCAUUUGACCGUGAAGUACCUGAGGCUUAUAGACAGUGAUCACAGACAAGGUCACAAGGCAGUGAAUGUAGGGACAGGAAGCUGGUGUUUCCACUCUAGAUUCAUAUGCUUUUCUCUUAAUUUGAUCUCUGAACCUUGAGAGAAUGGCGGGAGACCUUCUCGCAGAAGGAUACCUCAAAGAGCCUGGGGCCUCUGUCAGUUACAAAUGAGGGCUGACCUUGGAUGAGAAGACACUCAUCUCCUUUCACCUGUGGCUCCCACUGCCUCCUCAUGCCACUUGUAGGUUCCUUGAACUGGUAAGAAUGCCUGAGGAGACAGCCUCGGUGUCCCUACUUAGGAUCCUGAAUAGUCUGGUACAUUCACACAGUGCGGUUGGAUGGAGGCCACACAACAAACAAUGUGGACACUGCAGGAGCUGAUCUGAAAACAUCUCUGGGAAGAAUAAAUGAAAAAAAAAAGAUGGAAAAUAAUACAUGGGGCGACCUGCCAGGUUUCUGGCUGCCAGGGCUGUGGUGCGGCGGGGGGAUGGGGGGGGCAUGGAGGAACACCUGGUGGUGGCGGUGGCAGGAGGCAGCCUGGAGGGGCCCCGGGAGCGGCGAGGCCCGGGCGACGCAGUGAGUCUGCAGCAGAACCACCGGGUGCAGCCUGCGCCCGCAGACCGGCUGCCUGAGCACUCAUACUGGCUGGACCUCUGGCUGUUUGUUCUGGUGGACCUGGGCUGUUCCUGUUCGUGUGCCUGUGGCUGUGGUGGACCACCUGAUACCUGCUUUAAGGUGCUGGCUCCUGGACUGGACUCUGAAAAUAACUACAACUUCUUCAACAAAGAAGACAGGCAGGAUUGUGCAACAGAAUUUCAAACUCGAAGGGACCUUCCUCUUGUCUUACAGAUGUGUUACUCAUUCGGGGACUAUGUUAAAUGGGUAAUGAUCUUACCGAUUCAUAGCUAAGUUCUUACAACUAGGGAAAAAAAGAAAAUAACAUAUAGGGUGCGCUUCCUUACGGAAAAAAGCCAGGAAAGGGGGUGUGAAAAGCAGGUUUGAGUGUGCUUUUACCUGCACAAGGGAGCGCUCUGAGGUGUAGUAGAAAAUCAUGGACAUGGCUGGGGGUAGAGAACAGGGUGGACAGGGCCGGGAGUGGUUUUUCUCAGUUCAUACCUUUUUAUGUCAUUUUGAUUUUUAAAAACUUUAAAAUGUGAAAUAUAGAUUCAUGUUGCAAAAAAUUGUACAGGGAUCCUGUACCCUAAACUCAACUUUUCCAACGGUAACAUCUUGCAUAACUAUAGUGUAAUAAAAUCACACCAGGAAACUGAUAAGCUACAGAGCCUCGAUGCCACCAGUUUUACAUGCGCUCAUGUGUGUGUGUGCAGUUUUAUCACAUGUAGAGUCAUGUGACUGCCAUCAUAGUCAAGUAUAAAACUGUUCCAUCAUCAGGCAUCCUUGUGCCCCCUCUUUACUGUCACCCCCGUCCCCAGUAUCCACAGUCCGUUGUCCUCCAUCUCUACCCCUUUGUCAUUUUGAGACUGCUACAUAAAUGGAAUCAUACAGUGUAUAACCUUUUGAGACUGGGUUUUCCCCCCCCCACUCAUCAUAAUUACCUUGAGAACUAUCCAAGUUGCCUGUAUGAACAGUUUGUUCCUUUGUAUUGUUGAGUUGAAUAUUCCUUGGUGUGGAUGUGCUGGAUUG